AUGCUGGAAGAGGAGCUGUCUUGUCCUGUCUGCUGUGAGAUUUUCAAGGAUCCUGUGGUGCUCAAGUGCAGCCACAGCUUCUGCCGGGCCUGCCUUCAGCAGUUCUGGAACAAGAAGAAGGCCAGGCGGGAGUGUCCCAUCUGCAGGAGGAAGUGCUCCCUGACGGAGCCCACGGUCAGCCUGGCUCUGAAGAAUGUGGCCGACACCUUCCUGAGGGAGAAGGAGCGCAGGACGGCCACGGAUGGGACGGGGGCUGGCGGUGCAGGGGAGGAGGCGGGGAUGGUGGAGGAGAAGUGUGACACACAUGGGGAAGUUCUCAAACUCUUCUGUCUGGAUGACUUUGAAGUCCUGUGCUUAGUGUGUCACACGUCCAAGAAGCACCAGGGACACAAAGUCUGUCCCCUGGAUGAAGGAGCUCAGGAUCUCAAGGCAGAGCUGAAGACAGAACUGAUUCCUCUAAAGAAAAACCUGCGUCGCCUGUAUGAAGCCAAGCAGGAGUGUGAUGACACAACUGUGCACAUCAAGAACCAGACUCAGGCCACAGAGAAGCAGAUCAGAGAAGAGUUUGAGCAGCUGAGGGAGUUUCUCCAGAAGGAGGAGGCAGCACGGCUGGCCGUCCUGCAGAAGGAGGACGAGGAGAGGAAAGACCUGGUAAAGAGGAAGUCUGACAGCAUCACCAGAGACAUCCUCACCUUCUCUCACGCUGUCAUUGCCAUCGAGAAUGAGAUUGCAUCCAGCGAUGCUCUUUUCCUUCAGAAUUAUGUCAACACAAAGAAAAGAGCACAGAUCCCGCAGAAGGAUCCCGAAAAAGUGUCAGGAGCUCUUAUAAAUGUGGCCAAGCAUGUCAGUUCCCUAAAGUACCGUGUGUGGGAGAAGAUGAUGGAGCUGGUUCAGUACACUCCCAUCACCCUGGACCCCAACACCGCCUACUCCUGGCUGUCCCUCUCUGCAGACCUGACCAGUGUGGCCAACAGAGGCUCCCUGCUGAAGCUCCCAGACAAUCCUGAACGCUUUGGCCACUUUGUGUUCGUGCUGGGCUCCGAGGGCUUUACUUCAGGUCGCCACGCCUGGGAGGUGGAGGUGGGCGACAAGGUGGACUGGAUGCUGGGGGUGGUCAAGGAGUCCAUCGACAGGAAAGGCCGCAUCUCGGGCUGUCCCGAGGGUGGCUUCUGGAUGAUCUCUCACUACGAGGGCGAGUACUCGGCAAUGACAAGGCCCAGCACCCCGCUGCACCUGGAGGGGGAGCUGACGCGAGUGAGGGUGCAGCUGGACUACGACGCUGGAGAGGUGACCUUCUCCAACCCCAUCAGCAUGACGCCCAUCUACGCCUUUACUGACUUCUUCACUGAGAAGAUGUACCCCUUCUUCUGCCCCGGAGCCAACAUCAAUGGCAACAAUCCCAGCCCUCUUAAAAUCUGCCCCGCCAAGGUGGCGGCGUGGAACAGUGCGACGUGGUGAUUUAAGAACACCUUACACAGGAUGUGAGGGUAUUUAAAAUGUAGAAAUUCCCCGGGGUGAAUAAUUGAGCAGAUGAUGUGUGUAACAUGAGCACGAUACAAACAGAGUAAUUACAACAAUAAUUGGUUUAUUUCACUUGGGUUCAUUUCCUGACUGACUGCAGUUUAUGAAACUCAAAGUGACGCUUUAAAGCUACCAGCGGAUGGACUUGCCAUCUUAAUCCAGGAAACCUCCAUUCUGCUUCUCAGUCAGGGAGGUCACAAGUUAUCUUGAGCAUCAAUCUCCCCCUGGUGGCCACAGACACACAGUUAGUACAUCUCACAUAAGUAUGCAAUUAUUUUCACUCUUAGUUAACUAAAACACACAAUCCCAUGUAUAUUGUAACUGAAGACCAGCUACAUGAUGCUCCACAUUUGCCUUUUCCCUCAAAUGUGACGCUCCAGUCACUGAUUUAACCCCUAAAAACCUCAUCUUUAUGUGCCAAAACUCCCCAUUUAGAUGUUUUUUUUUUUCUAAGAAAAUAAUCCCUUCCUGCCUUAAAGUGGCUUGGAUGUAACUCCAAAUUGCUGCAUCUUCUAGAAUUCGUGCACCUAUGCAGUUCCUGCCUCUCUCUGUAUCCACCACCUCCCACCUGUUGCAGUUGGAGCACACCAGCUCGCCUACUGCUCUGCUCAAACAAUGUAAAACUACUAUUUGUACAUAACAGCAAGUUGUAAUGUUGGAGUAAUUCAGCCAUACAAGCUUGAACUGGAAACUGAUUCUGUGGAAUGAUAACAAUAUUGAAAUCUCCACCCUACAAGGUGACAGGAUGGUUUCUUAGGUUUCUUACAUAUGGCAUCCCAGAAAUCUGAAUCUGUUUGAAACUGUUGUCAGUACGCUGCAGUUUCAAGGCAGUAGUGCUCCAUCAUGUUGUUAACUUCUUUUUUUGUUUAAUAAUUUGUCUUCUAGCGUGUAAAAAACACCACAAGGACACUUUAACAAGAUAGAGGAAGUCGAAAAGAUUGAUGUUUUAAUAUACAAGCCAAUGCUGCAUUACAUGUUGGAGGAUCUCCAGCAGAUUAAACAAGCAGAUUAAAAUCAAAGUGGCCUCGCUUUCAUGUGAAACAUUCUUCAGGUGUAUUUAAUAAUCCUGAACAAGAAAGUCAGGAAGUAUGGUGUAGCUAUGGCACUUGUCAUGCUAUAGCCUGAUAAACCAAAUUGAAUUUUUUUUUAGUUUUAUACAUGUGAUUCUGACAUAUUGUUAAUUACUAAUAAUGUAAAAUUGUAUGUUUUUCAUGAACUUUGUCUAACUUGAUAAUCCUGUGUAACCCCAUGGAUGUUGUUUUGAAUAUCUACAAAUGGUCAAAUAUUUCAAGCACAAGGUGUGAACACGACAGGAUAAAAAUCAGUUCAGAGCAAAACAUGCCAAUUGAAAAUCAACAUCAGGCACAUACCUUUUUCUGUGGUUUGUGUUGACUGAACAUGAACCACUCUAGCUGGUUUGUUAUUUUCAGAAAGCACACAGUGAUUGCAUUAACACUCAACCUCUGUGUCUAGAUCGUGAAAUCAGACACUGUGACGUUAACACUGUUUCUCCAGCAAUAAAGUGAAAUUUCACUCAGAGCCAACUCUGGUUCCUCCUA